GGACCAGUGUCUCAGUGCAGUGCCUAAUGCUGUCCAACAUCUGGAAUGCCGAUCUCACAUAACAAAAAUUUUAAAAGCUGAUUUACAAGAAAAGCGAAACCGUGGUGAACAACUUUUAAUGAAAACAAAGAAUAUAGAACGGAAAUGGAAAAUAAGGAAAAAGUUUCAAAGAGCGUGGAAUACGAUCUGAACAAGAAUCAACAAAUAAAUGAGCCAUCAAACAAAAAGAAUGUUUUACAGAACAGCAACCACGACGGCAUAAAACAUGGCUGCCAUGACGGCCCAAAGCAUGGACCCCGACGGUGAGUCCAAGCACGGCGCCAUCAUGGACGAAAACAUGAAUCUCGCAAUGGCUCAGAACAUGGACACCACGAUGGACCAAAACAUGGCCACCAUCACGGGUCACAUAAGAGGUCGUUUCUAGAGCGCAACGCCUUCUUCAUCACCCUGCUGCUGAAUGGAAUGAUAGACGGUCUGGCCCUGGCUGCCAAGAGUCAGUACCGAUACCGGUUCUUUCACUCCAAGUACGCCAGUGAGCUCCACAAGUACAAUGUCAGCAAGGAAUGCGGUGUGAGCCUUCAGCCAGAAGUCCAGGAGAUUGAGAAUAGCAUCAGCCGUGAGACGAUCCAAUGGACUUUGUACAAUAACUACGUCACCAUUGUACCUCACAUUGUGACCGCUCUGGUGAUGGGCCUCAAGUCAGAUCAGAUAGGCCGCCGUUUUGUUUUCCUUUACCCUUUCAUUACAGCUUUCGUCGACUACAUUCUUCUAGCCGUAAUCCUUCAGCUGCAGCUACACUUCGGCUUCACACUUAUAGGUGACUUUGUGAGGAGUUUGUCUGGAGGAACCAUGGCCAUGAGUUUGGCUGCUUAUGCUGUGAUCUCAGACACGCAUGGAAAGAAAGAGAAACCAGAGGAGGAGAACAAAACUGCCGACAAACAUGAACAAAAAGACGAUGACGUCGAGAACGACCUCGACAUGUCUCGAGAGAAGCAACGAACCUUCAAAAUCGUUCUUCUUCACGUCGCGCAUGAUCUGGCCUCCAGCAUCAUCUCCUUUGCCACUGGCUACGUCAUCCAGUACGCUGGCUUUUUCUAUACGGUGUGCAUCACCCUCGGUCUCAAGAUUCUGCUGUUCAUUUUCGCUCUCCUCUUCAUCACUGAGACAGGCAAGCAAAAGAAGAGUCCAGGCUUCAUCACACCGCUCAAGAUCAUCCUGAAGAGAACAAAAGAUCCCAGAAAUCGCCGCACCCUGUUCCUCGUCAACAUGGCGGUCGUCUUCCUCGUCGUGUCCUUCGUCACGGAGAGGGAGACGAUGACGAUCUACCAGAUGAGCCCUCCAUUUUGUAUGGACGCAGUGCAGCUGGGCUACCUGUCCAGUGAGACUCGCCUCAGAGGCAUCUUCACCAUUCCUGUCCUGUGGCUGUGGCGACGACUGCACUUCAUGGAGUCCACCAUCGCUGCAGUCGGCACCUACUUCUCGGUUGCUGCAACAUUUCUGUUGGCAUCAGUUCGUCAAACCUGGGUCUUCUUCGUAGUGCCUGUUGUAGCUAUUCCUGGGUCGCUGUCCUCGUCCAUGACAAAGGCCAUCACUUCACGGCUGGUUGGUCGCCAAGCCCUCGCAUCUUCAUUUGCCGUGAUGUUGGCUAUUGACGAAGUGUUUUCAUUUGGAGGAGGGCAGGCUGGAAACUAUUUAUACGAAAAGUUUGUGGACACUGUACCGACAGCUCCUUUCUACCUGGCCGCGGCUACCUUCGCAGUGUCAGCAGCCAUGUAUACAACCGAAACUAUUUUACAGCGGAGAUACUCCAGGACAGACACCCAGACCGAGAUAAACAUGGAUUCACCCACUGUAACCAGUCCCUGACAACCAGACUCUCUUAGGACUCAUUUAACAGAGAUUUAUUAUACACAUAUAUAUAUAUAUUGAUAAUGUUUAUGCUAAGCAAGACUACGAUGUACAUUUUGUUAAUUUUGUAAAUUUGAUGGAUAGAUCGGUGUCUUCCACUGUAUUUAAUACUGGUAACAUAUUCUGCAUCUGUGAAUGAUAUAUAGAAGAGUUGAAAAUAAAAAAACGACAUUAUUUUCGGUGUUGACUACAAUCUUACAAACCCGUUACCCUGCUACGACUGGCUCAGACUCAAAGUCAAAAAUCAUUUAAUGAUAAUUACAGCAGUAACCAAGUAAUUUUGAUUAUUUAUUUUUGAGACUUUUUAAAAUAUAAAUAGAUAUUGUACUAACAACUCUAAAACUGCAUUUAGCCUUUAUGUAUGUGGUUUAGUGUAAGUACUUAUGCUCAAGUGAGGUUUGGCAUGUAAAUAUGGUGUACAGUGCACAGUCAGGUACAAAUUAUGCCAAGAAUAAAGUGAAAGUACUGAA